AAUUAUUAAACAUUUUGAAAAUUAUUGAAAAAAAAAAAUGCAAAAUCAACAGAAAAGCUCAAGUGCCACAGGUGAAGCCAGAUUAUGGCCCAGCGAACGUAUACCACAGGGUGGACUUUUCCAUACACCAAAAAUUGAGUACAGCAAAGAGACAGCGGAUUUGUUGAAAUUACUGAUGCAAGAAUCCAAAAUGACCAUGCUAAUGCGCAAACAAAUCGACUAUCAUCUGCGCAAUGGCCAGCCACUGCCCAAACCGGAACCGCCUCGUUUAAAUAUCUCCAGAGAUCCCGAUAAGGAGGCUUUGGAAAUCCUACAAAGAGCUCACAAUGCUAAACGUAAAUCUUUAUCAGAAAUUAGAGCCAGUGGAGCUUAUGACCUGCCAGUAUAUAGGCCAAAACCCGACGAUAAACUACCCUCGGAAAAAGCUAAGAAACUAUUACAAGAAGCCAUGUCGGGAUUACGUAUAUCAGAGACAACAUUGAAACCUAAGCGUAGAGAGAGGAACAAAAAUGAAAAUAAAACCACCACGGAUGAUAUAAUCGAUGAAUUGCUGCAUCAAAUCAACGAACGUGCCGAAUGGUUGGCCGAAAUGGAAGAGCUGGGCGAGGGUAAACGUUACAGAGAUGAGAUACGCGAACAAAUCGCACAACGUUUGCGGCAAAUUAAGGCUUUGGAAACUAAAAGAAAAUUACAAAAGCAGGGUUAUCGUUAUGUGGAGUAGAAAGAUUUGUGGUAAUAAAUUUUGGUUA